AUGGGCCGUUCCGCUGCUCGUGUUUUGAUGCUGCUGGUAUUGGCAACGCUGCCGGGAAGAUCGAGAUGCUGCCCUCGGCCGUGCGCAUGUCACCAGCCGAAAGAAGUGCACUGUACGUUCCGCUCAUUGCUCACCGUUCCCGCCGGCGUGCCCAGACAAGUGGAGCGCAUGAACUUGGGAUUCAACACGAUAAACCGAAUCACCGACAGCUCUUUUGCCGGUAUGCGUAAACUGGAAUUCCUUUUGAUGCAUGGAAAUGACGUUCAUAACAUUCCUGGUGGGGUGUUCCGCGACCUGAUAUCCCUUCAGAUGAUGAAACUGAGCUAUAACAAGCUAAAAGUAAUUAGUCAACAUACCUUCCGGGGCCUCUGGAACUUAGCCCGGCUGCACUUGGACCACAAUCGUAUAGAGUUCAUCCAUCCAGAUGUCUUCCAAGGCCUCACCUCCCUUCGCCUGCUCCAGCUGGAGGGUAACCAGCUCAAGCAGCUACAUCCGGCCACCUUUGCAACUCUUUCUGUGCUGGGCCACUUCCCUGUGUCCACCCUCAAGCACCUGUACUUGUCAGAAAAUGGCCUGAUGACACUGCCGCAGAAGAUGCUAGCUGGCAUGCCUCACCUGGAGAGCCUGUUCCUGCAUGAGAACCCCUGGGUCUGUGACUGCAAGAUGAGCUGGUUCAACGAGUGGAGCACCAAUACACCAGGUGUGCUCAAAUGUAAGAAAGACAGAGCAUUUGCAGGAGGCCAGCUGUGCCCUUUGUGUUCUUCUCCUAAACACCUGAAGAAAAAAGACCUUCAGAAGCUAUACAGUCCCACCUGUAACAGUCCAGUCAUUAGUGUCCCUCACAGAACCUCUGCCCUUGACACAGAGAGUGAACUAUUGACCAUAAACAACUUCCGGCAACCUUUUGGGAACAUUACACUAGGCCUGUCAGAUGAGCAUGGAAACACAGUUGAUCUCAAGUGCCAAAUCAAUGAAAUUACAGAUUCAACCAGAAUUAACUGGGACCACAUUAAUCCACACCAGAUCUCUGCAAAUGUCACACUGGCAUUAGAUCUGGAAUGCCCAAUCGACAGAUCCAACUAUGAGAGGCUGUGGCGACUCAUUGCAUAUUACAGUGAUGUUCCUGCCCACCUGCAAAGGGAGCUCAUGCUAAGCCAAGAGGCUCACAUUAGCUACAGGUAUCGACAGGAUGCAGAAAAAGAUGCACUUUACUACACUGGCGUGAAAGCCAGUGUUGUGGCAGAGCCUUCAUGGGUAAUGCAGUCAUCACUGGACAUUCAGCUAAACAGACCCAAAUCCACAAGUAAAAAGGUUAGACUCAUUCUAAGCAGCUACGUGAACCAAGUGAUAGAGGCAGACGACGCAAGAAAGCAGAGGAGAAGGUGGGUUAUGAUCGAGUCCAGAAAUGAUACAAGAUUAUCGCAGGUUGGAGUGGUGGGCGGUGGCAUUCGGAUGAACUGCAGUGUGCGCAGCUCUGGGAACGUAUCAGUCAAAUGGAUGCUCCCUGAUGGCUCUAAACUUGAAGCGCCAUACCGAAGCAGUGAUAACAGAAUCACAGCAUCUCCCAAUGGUUUGCUGGUAGUGACAGCUGUGGAUCACUCAGAUUCAGGAGCGUAUUACUGUAUAGCACAAGUCGCCGAUGAUGUCAGUGUUCUGCCCUUUCAUCUGACAGUGGAGGAGUCCUCGACUGCGCCACCUGUAGGUGAAGAGGUAGCUGAACCUGUGGUAGGAGUUGCUGGUGGAUCUGUCUAUCUUCCCUGUGACGCCUCAGGUUCUCCUGAUCCAGAUAUAAAUUGGAUAAUUCCUAAUAGCAGCAUUAUAAACAUGAGGACAAACCUAUCCAAGAUGCAAGUGGCCUCAAAUGGAACUUUAAUCAUCUAUCACAGCCAGCUAUCAGAUAAUGGUUAUUAUAAAUGUGUGGCAGGGAAUCAACAUGGUGCAGACUCACUGGCCACAAAGGUGACCCUGACAAGGCCCUCUGGUGCACUACCUUUAAGGAAAUAUUCCAGCAGACCUCAGCCUGCAGAAGGAGUCUCUACAAAAAUAAAAGCCCCCAUGGACAAUGAUGUAGAGACAUCUGGAAAUGGAGAAGCUGAAGUAAAACCUCCUCUUGACAAAAUAGAUGCCCCUAAUAGAAGGAAAAUACCAAACCUUGGUGUACGGGGUGGACAACCUUUCAGAAAACAGUGGAGACUAGAUCCAAGAAGGAGAAUCAAUGUGUCAAACAGUCAGAUAGAUCCAGAGCGCUGGGCUAACAUUCUUGCAAAGCAAAAACCAGCCAGGAGAGGGCUGCCUAAGAUUACAAGCACUGAGAUUAGCACUGUAACAGUACAAGCAGAGUCAGAUGCCCAGCUACCCUGUGAGGCUAGAGGUCUGCCCAAGCCCUUUCUUUCCUGGACUAAAGUUACCACAGGAGCCAGCAUUGCUCAGAACACCAGAAUCCAGCGGUUCAAGGUCCACCCUAACGGCACCCUCACAAUCAGCCAUGUCCUCCCUGUGGACCAGGGCCAGUACCUCUGCAGUGUCCGAAACCAGUAUGGAGAAGACAAGAUGGUCGUCACUUUGAUAGUCUUAGCAGAACAUCCCAAGGUGUUGCAGCCACGCUAUCAAGAUGCAAUUGUGAACCUCGGAGAAACUGUUGAGCUGGAGUGUCAAUCCCAAGGGCACCCUCAUCCUCGCACCACCUGGGUACUACCUGAUAGGACAGUUGUACAUGCAGAUGCUCCCACACCUGGCCGACGGUUCCUGAUCUUGGCCAAUGGCACACUUCGGAUUACGUCUGCUACUUAUACAGACCGAGGGGUAUAUAAAUGCAUUUCUAGCAACGCCGCUGGUGCAGAUGCUGCAUCAGUACACCUGAUGGUUGCUGCCCUGCCACCGGUGAUCCAACAGCUGAGGCGAGAGAAUAUCACCCUCUCCGAAGGCAGCAUUGCCUACUUGAACUGUAGUGCCACGGGUGCUCCUCCCCCUACAAUCAGCUGGACUACACCUUAUGGUACACAGCUCUGGCCUUCACAAUUUGUUAGUGGAACUAACACCUUUGUUUUCCCCAAUGGGACCCUGUAUAUUCGUCAUUUAGGUCAGGUGGAUGCAGGAAAAUAUGAAUGCACAGCAACCAAUACAGUUGGUAUUUCACUGAGAGCACUUAGUUUGACUGUGAUACAGAGUGUUGCAUCAGCCAGGGCCAGGAUUACCUCGUCAUCUGCGCAGAAGACAGAGGUCAUCUAUGGGGGAAGGCUGCAGCUUGAUUGUGUUGCCUCAGGAGAUCCAGAGCCCAGGGUCAUAUGGAGGACUCCAUCCAAGAAGCUUGUGGAUGCUCAUUACAGUUAUGACCCAAGGAUCAAAGUGUUUAUUAAUGGGACACUGUCCAUCCACUCUGUGACAGACAAAGACACAGGUGACUUUCUAUGUGUGGCACGUAACAAAAUUGGAGACGAUUAUGUACCACUCAAGGUGAGUAUCUUAACGAAGCCAGCCAAGAUUGAGCAGAGGACUCAGGCCAACCAGAAGGUGAUGUACGGGAGUGACCUGAAAGUUGACUGUGUGGCAUCAGGGUUGCCAAACCCAAAGAUCCAAUGGGCUCUGCCUGAUGGCACUAUGGUCAAUAGCGUCAGGAAAACUGACAGCAGCAGUAGCAGCCGCAGUCGCAGGUAUGUGGUCUUUGACAACGGCACCCUCUUCCUCAAUGAAGUGGGGAUGCGAGAGCAAGGUAACUACACUUGCUAUGCCGAGAACCAGAUCGGCAAGGAUGAGAUGAAAGUACAUGUCAAAGUCGUGUCUGAUGUGCCUGUGAUCAGAAACAAAACCUAUGAGGUUGUCAGGGUCAUGUACGGAGAGUCGGCCUCACUGAAGUGCAGUGUCAAAGGAGAGGUUAACCCACACAUACUGUGGAUCUCCCCAACCAACAGAGCAAUUACUUCAGCCUCAGACAAAUAUUUGAUCCAUAAUGAUGGCACUUUAUUUAUUCACAAUGUGCAGCGUUUUGAUGGUGGUAACUACACUUGUCUGGCAAGAAACAGUGCAGGGCAAGAUAAAAAAGUAUACAGGCUAGAAAUCCUGGUGUCACCACCUGCAAUCAAUGGGCUGAGAGGUUCCACAAACUCUUUAAAAGUAUCAGCAAUGAGAGAUCAAAGGAAACUGAUCCAUUGUGAGGCAACAGGCACUCCUGUUCCCCGUGUGAUAUGGGUUCUCCCUGAGAAUGUUGUUCUCCCAGCACCAUACUAUGGGGCUGGGAUGACAGUUCAUCGGAAUGGCACUCUUGAUAUUCAAUCUUUGAAGGUAACUGAUGCAGCCUUCUUGACCUGUAUUGCACAAAAUGAAGGAGGAGAGGCAAAGCUUAUCAUUCAGCUCGAUGUGUUGGACACAAUAGAGAAACCAAGACUCAGGAGCCCCAAAAUGGAAUCUCUUUCCCUAACUGUAGGCAGGACACUUACCCUUAACUGUUCUGUUGAGGGUUCCCCAGCCCCCCAAGUGACUUGGGUUCUUCCUGGUGGCACUGCACUAAUGAGCGGCUCUCGGUUUACCAAGUUCUUCCACAAGACUGAUGGGACUUUGGUUAUUAGUAAUCCUGCUCUGUCAGAGGCAGGAAAUUAUCGCUGCUUGGGACGCAAUGCUGGUGGUCAGGUUGAGAGGACAGUGGUUCUAUCACCAGGGCGGAAGCCAGAGAUCAACAACAGGUACAACUCACCUGUUAGCAUCAUCAGUGGCGAAAGCCUCCAGCUGCACUGUCUAUCUGCUAGUGACCCCGUCCACCUCACUUGGACCUUGCCAAGCGGGGUGGUUCUAAACCGACCACAGCGGGCAGGUCGUUAUACCGUUCUACAAAAUGGAACACUUUCCAUCCAGCAGGCUUCUGUAUAUGACCGAGGCUCUUAUACUUGCCGCACUGCUAACGAAUACGGGAGCUCCUUGCUAACAAUCUCUGUUAUUAUAAUAGCAUACCCACCACGGAUCACCAGUAGCCCAGCUGCUACCACAUAUGCCCGAAGAGGAGUGGCUGUGCAACUGAAUUGUGUAGUUGUCGGUAUCCCCAAGGCAGAGGUGGCGUGGGAGACUCCGGACAGGACACGGCUAAUCGUCAGCCCUCAGCCACGGCUGUUUGGAAACAAGUACUUGCACCCUCAGGGCUCCCUUAUCAUCCAGAAUCCCAUGCCGAAAGACACAGGCUUCUACAGAUGCACAGCCAGAAACGUGCUAGGAGUUGACUCCAGGGGGGCAUAUUUACAUGUGUACUGAGAAGUGUGUGCGUGUGUUCAUGUCAUUUCAUAACAUGCCCGGGGAACUGCGAUGCUAAGCCAUCAAGCUAAGCAGUAGCUUGAUUUCUAAAGCAUCUGUCAAUGUGAACAUGGCUUUCUUUAGUUCUACGACAGCUCUUAUUAUGUGUCAGGAAAUCUCAGCAUUACUUUGACAGAACUAUUAUGUCAAUUACUGCAUACAUUCCAAGCGUUUACGAAGUGCUACUUAACCUUAGUAUUAAAGCCUGAUUCAUGUAAAUAAUGCAGCCUUUUGAUAUUUCAA